GUCAAUGAAAUCCACAACAGUUGGACUGAGAUAUUUUGAUUUGGUUAUUUUUAAGUUUCUAAUGACAACAGAAAAUCCAUAGCAUUCAAUUCCUCAUUCACAAACUAUACAGGUCACGAUGAGAAUUCAACACCAUUUCCUUUGGAAUUCAAGAAUAUUCAGAUCACAGCAUCUGACACUAUGAGUGUCAAUCAAGAAAAACAUUAAAAUAGCAUGACGAUACACAUCACUCACUGACACACUUACUUUACUUUACUUCGGCCAUCUCUUACGGGAGGAUGAGCCGGCUUCAUGAACAUCUCGUUAGUUGUAUUAGCACCAACGGACUGAUUGGCGAUGAAAUCUCAGCAUGGAUCCGAAAAGCUCGAGCUGCUUUCGCUGACUUACACCAUCUCUGGCGUAGGCGUGACAUCCGGUUAUCAACCAAGGGACGUAUGUACUGCUCAGCAGUUCGCUCCGUCCUUCUCUAUGGCUCUGAAACAUGGCCAAUACGCGUUGAAGACAUGAAAAGGUUGACUGCUUUCGAUCAUAGAUGUCUGCGAUCUCUGUCUCACGUUAGGUGGUUUAAUAAGGUAAGUAAUGUUGACGUUAGGCGUAGAGUGUUGGGCAAAGAGGGAAAAUCAAUCGACGAGGCUAUAAAGUUACAUAGAUUGAGAUGGGUAGGUCAUGUGCUGCACAUGCCUAACCAUCGCCUAACCCGACGGGCAUUACUAGCUGAUAUAGGUGCAGGUUGGAAAAGAGCCAGUGGUGGCCAAACAAAAAACAUGGCAUCAAUCCAUGAAAUCCUUGACAGUUAAACUGAGUAGGUCAGGUAGGGAGAUGCAGACUCGCGGGUUGGGGCCCGCGGGACUCUAGGAAUCAAUGGCUGGAGACAAUAGGUGACAUGGCUCAAAAUCGUUGUCAAUGGCGCAGAUGUAUUCAGUCUCUGUAAUCUUUCAUAUUCCUUUCUACCAUUACCCAUUCUGUUUCACUCUUAUACUUGUCAAACUCUAUUGAUUCUCUUCACUCAUCUUCUUGUCUACCCCUGUGUGUGUGCUAUUUGGAACGUGGCAACUCGAACUGCUGCACUUCGGUGCCAAGUUCUAU